AUGGAGCAAUUUCGUAAGCGUGGACGUGUCGAAAGCGCACAUAAUGAGCAAUUAACAUGGACAAAUAUGAAAGAAAAACGAGAUCAAGAGGUUGGGAACAAGACAGUUGUAGAGCUUCAUAGCUCCUUUAUCGAUACGACAACUCGUGCUGCUGUAUUACAAACAGGUGAUGCAGUUCAUCAUACGACCACCAUUUGGAUAGAAAAGUAUACAAUGAUGAAAAGACCGCAAUCAGCACCAAAUGUGACAAAACAGGCUGAUGAUAAAGUAAUUGCUCGUAUCUUUCCAGAUAUUUGUCCACGUGAGCUACGGAUUGCAGAGGUGAAAUCAUGGAAAUGUCCAUGGAUGAAUCGAGAGUAUCCGAUCCUGGAAGACCGUGAGACAACUUCAGUGUUGUUGCAACAUACACAAGAGAAUGAAGUGUUGUUACCACCAGUUGCUGAGGACAAAAUGCCGAGUGUUUCAGAGACAUUAUCAUCUCCUCAUGCACAAGAGGAUGUUUCAGCUUCAGUACCAACAACAGAUAGUGAAAAUGAAUGUUGUCAUCCGACGGAUUUUGGUGAUGAGGUGGAAACCAUGGGUAGCGCUACGAAGGAACUGGACAGUGAAAUUGAAUUGCUGACGAAGCAGUUAUUUCUUGAAGAUAAAGAACCGCAGCCAUUAGCUCUUCCACAAUCAACAGAGUGGUCGGUAGUGGUAGGAACGCCGCCUCCAGUAUCCACUCCGCGCAGUCGUGCACCGCUGUGGAAAGCAGUCGAGUCAGCAAAGAAGGUGGUAGCAAGUAAUUGCGCUAGAAAGCGUCCUCAGCUACGGCUCAAACUGGAAGAUAUGCCUACACCUCAACAAGCAGAAGAGAGGGCCCAGCGAGCUGCAACUCGACUUAUUGCUAAACGAGAUGCAAUGGAGGUGGCGAUGAUUGCAGCUGCGGCUUCAUCGGGGUUGAGUACCCCAGCAAGUGGCCCUAGUGCCGCACAACAGGCGAUGAUGAAAUUGAGCUUUAGUUCAGAUUCAGAUUCAGGACUUCAGUCUCCAAACGACAGCGAGCGGCAUAGCACAGGCAGUGCUUAUUCUCCUAAUCACGGCAUGUUUACCACUAAAAGCGUUGCAGUAUCAGAAGCAGGUAUUUCAUCACCCGACGCUGCAUGUCUGCACCUGCAAGAAAACCUUGAGCGCGUGCAGGAGGUUGGUCGAGGGGCUUCUGGUGUGGUUUAUAAGGCUAUACAUAUACCAACGCUGAAAGUAGUUGCCGUCAAGGAUGUACCCGUUUACGGCCGCGGUCAGCGGCGACAGAUGGUUCGCGAGCUCCAUGCGCUGUAUUCGAAUCUUGUGCCAAUGGCGAACAACGACAGCCCAAUGCCUCAAAAAAAACACCUUCCAACUCGAAAAAGCACUGGUAAACCCACAGCAAAACCCAGUCCUUACAUUGUGUCCUUUUAUGAUGCAUUUGUCGAUCGUCCCAAGAACUCCAUUUGCAUGGUCAUGGAGUACAUGAGUACAGGAUCGCUACAGGAUAUUGUCUUGCGCGGUGGAUGCCAAAAUGAAAGGGUUUUAGCACGACUAGCAACAGGUGUAUUGCACGGCUUAUCUCAUAUCCAUAAGAAGCGAAUGGUACAUCGCGAUAUCAAGCCACAUAACUUGCUCACGAAUCGACAAGGCGAUGUCAAAAUUUCGGAUUUCGGCUUAGCACGCACUUUGAAUGACACUUCUACCACUACGAAGACAUUUGUGGGUACUCUUCUGUACAUGGCUCCUGAACGAAUAGGUGGCGGCGCUUACUCGUAUCCAUCUGAUGUCUGGUCCUUCGGACUUGCCAUGAUAUCUGUUGCCUUGGGACGCUAUCCUCUUCCAACGCAGGAUGGUUUUUUCGGUCUGGUUGAUUCCGUUGCAAAUAAGCAAUGCCUCAAGAUGCCUGUCGAUAUGUAUUCUGAAGACUGCUGUUCGUUCGUCGACCAGUGCCUUACACUGGACCCAGACGAACGACCAUCGGCAGACGCACUGCUUCAGCAUCCUUUCAUAUACAAAUACACAGCAGAGGAAACUCUUGCGGAGUGGACGUCGUUCAUCGACAGAGUACAUCUUUCUAAAGAACGCGGUAGUGAGCUGGAAUCUCUGGGUGACGCAGUCUAUCGACACAUGUAUGAGCACUCGGUGAAAUUCUCACAGCUGCCACAGUCGGAACACGGGGUAUCGUUUGUGUCACAAGCGACUCCAAUGUUUUCUCGACGACGAAUAUCUCUUCAGCCAGUACAAAUGAGCUUACAGCUUGGUCUGGCGAAUUACUUGGACAUGCCUGUACAUUUGGUCUAUGAGAAGUUUGAAGAGAAACGUUGUUAUUACAACGACAAAUUGUUGGAAGACUAUUGCUACUCUCCACAAAGCUGGACGGCGUCACCAGGAAUUUCACGGCGCCAGCAAUUUGGUAUCGGCGCUGAUAGUCCACGACGCACGCCACGCGAAAAGGGUUCAUUCUGGCGAAAACUGCAGGAAAGCAUGGCUAAGCUUGGUAAUAUCAAACGGAAGAAGGAGCGAAAACGAGGCCGCACAUCUGCUGUGUUAUAG